GUAAUGGCCAAAAGUAUUUACGAAUAUGUUCGAAAUUUCGAAAUUAUGGAUCCCUGUCUUCCUUCCACAUGGAUUGUUGUUCGUUUAGAUGGACAAGGUUUUCAUAAAUUUACAGCAAAGCAUAAUUUUAUCAAACCAAAUGAUACACGUGGUUUAUCGUUGUCAGUACGUGCAGCAGAACGUGUUAUGCAACGACAGAAAGAAAUUGUUCUAGCUUAUGGUCAAUCAGAUGAGUUUAGUUUCGUAUUUAAAAAAUGUACUGAAGUGUUUAAUCGACGAGCAAGCAAAAUAUCCAGUACAGUUGUUUCGUUGUUCACAUCUUCAUAUGUUUUUGAAUGGCCAAAGUAUUUUCCUGAUACUCCAUUACUGUAUCCGCCAGCGUUUGAUUCCCGAGUAAUACUUUAUCCAACGAAUAAAACUCUCAGGGAUUAUUUAAGUUGGCGUCAGGUUGAUUGUCAUAUCAACAAUCUAUAUAAUACUUGUUUUUGGAAACUUGUUCAAAAUGCUGGCCUAAGUGGAACAGAGGCUGAAGAACGCUUAAGAGGAACGUUAUCAAGUGACAAAAAUGAGUUAUUGUUUUCACAAUUCAACUGUAAUUAUAACAAUGAACCAGAACUAUUUCGCAAAGGCACUGUAUUAUUUAGAAAUAAUUCUGCCAUUGAACAAGCCAAUAUCGAUAUCAUUAAAGAUCAGUUUUGGGAUGAACAUCCUUACAUAUUAUUGGAGCCUGAAUAAGUCAGAAUUGUCGGAUUCAUUUGUUCUCCAGCCUAUCAGUAUGCAAAUUUAUGCAUCUAUUUUUGUAUGUAUAAAUAUGUUUAUACAUUUUCUCCUGAAUUUUAUGUAUUAUUGUACAUAAUACACUGUAUUUACGGAACAAAAAUUGCUAAUUUAUUAUUUAUUAGUAA